CUCGGGGUCGGCCCGCGGUGUGAGCGGGCGGCCCGGCUGCCUCCCUCCCCGCCCGCCGCCGCCGCGAUUGGGUGGAAGAUGGCGCUGGGCGGAUGGAAAUCCUAAUGACGGUCUCCAAACUCGCCUCCAUCUGUACCAUGGGCGCCAAUGCCUCGGCAUUAGAGAAAGAGAUUGGUCCAGAACAGUUUCCGGUCAACGAGCACUAUUUUGGAUUAGUCAAUUUUGGGAACACCUGCUACUGCAAUUCAGUUCUUCAGGCACUUUACUUCUGUCGUCCGUUUCGGGAAAAAGUUCUCGCCUACAAGAGUCAGCCCCGGAAGAAGGAGAGCCUUCUCACGUGCUUAGCAGACCUCUUCCACAGCAUCGCCACCCAGAAGAAGAAGGUUGGAGUCAUACCUCCUAAGAAGUUCAUAACGAGAUUGCGGAAAGAAAAUGAGCUCUUUGACAACUACAUGCAGCAAGAUGCCCACGAAUUCCUAAAUUACCUACUAAAUACCAUUGCUGAUAUUUUACAAGAAGAGAGAAAGCAGGAGAAACAAAAUGGUCGUCUGCCUAAUGGUAACAUUGACAGUGAAAAUAACAGCACACCAGACCCAACAUGGGUUCAUGAGAUCUUCCAGGGAACACUGACUAAUGAAACCAGGUGUCUUACGUGUGAAACCAUAAGCAGCAAAGAUGAAGAUUUUUUAGACCUUUCUGUUGACGUGGAACAAAACACAUCAAUUACUCACUGCUUAAGGGGUUUUAGCAACACAGAAACUCUAUGCAGUGAAUACAAAUAUUACUGUGAAGAAUGUCGCAGCAAACAGGAAGCACACAAACGGAUGAAAGUGAAAAAGCUGCCCAUGAUUCUAGCUCUGCAUCUGAAAAGAUUUAAGUAUAUGGAUCAGCUUCAUCGAUACACAAAACUUUCUUACCGGGUGGUUUUCCCUUUAGAACUUCGUCUGUUUAACACUUCAGGCGACGCGACCAAUCCUGACAGAAUGUACGACCUCGUGGCCGUCGUGGUGCACUGUGGAAGUGGUCCCAAUCGAGGCCAUUACAUUGCAAUAGUUAAGAGUCAUGAUUUUUGGUUGUUGUUUGAUGACGACAUUGUAGAAAAAAUAGAUGCACAAGCUAUUGAAGAAUUCUACGGGUUAACAUCAGAUAUCUCGAAGAACUCUGAGUCUGGCUACAUCCUUUUCUAUCAGUCCCGGGACUGAGGGAGCUGCGAUGAAGAGAGACUUUCUGCCUCAUUUCUUCUCUGGUUAUUUGGGAAAAGAUCAAGCACCGAUUUUUUCCAAGAAAAGAGAACUGCGGGGAGCUCAGGGGGGCAGCAGCGCACUUUGCACACAAUAAAGCAAAGGCUGUGGGUUAACACGCUCUUCCUAUCCUGGUAGUUGAUUGAUUCGCUCAGGUAUCAUGCUGUCUGUGCAGCUCUGCACAAGGCAGUGGAAUCAGAGAUACCAGCUCCUCUUGUGGAAACAGCCUUCCAGUAACCGACAUGCAUUUUCUCUUCCUUCAUUGCACCAGUAGUGAUUGAGCUCCUUGGGGGUGCAGCAGAGAGAACGGGAGUCUGUGCGAGGUUAUACUGACGAUGGCAGGAGGUGAUGCUGAACACGCCGCACACGCGCGCGCCUGGGUUGGACACACAGAGAGAGAACACUGGGUGGUCUUUUCGAGCGUAAACCAGAAAUGCUUUUUGGGCCCAACACUUGCAGUCGCCUUCCUGAUGUAAAGAGACUUAAUAGAUACUAGAAUCCAGUGUCAGGAAGGCAAAUAACGUUUGCUUCUCUGAAGAAGCUUAUAAUCAUAUACAGUAUAUGUAUAUCUAGGGAACAAUUGGUCAAAAGUGGCUUUUUGUUUCCCCAAGGGGAAAGACUGGCUUUGUAAUUAUAAUUUUUUUCCUUAUUUAUUUUACUUAAAACUGGUAGAGUCUAAGUAUUGUAUGAAGUGCCCAUGAUUCUGUCGGUAAAUCUGAGAAUAUUUUUAUUAGUUUUUGUCAGUUUAAUGAAUCCUUUUGUUCGUUUCUAUUUUUAAGGUGAAUUUUUAAACUAUUUUAAAUCAUAAGUUACCCUAAGAAAAAUUGCAGUGAGAGAAGGUAAAUUAUUCUUUUUCCAGGAGGAACUGAUAUCUCUGGCUCUAAAUAUUUGUUCCUAGUUGUAAGUUUUAUUCAGCUUUAAUUUCAGUAAAAUUUAAAAAAAUAAUCAAAGAAUUCCCUGUUGUUGUGGAAUGAUGGAGGAAAUCCUGGUGGUAGUGGUGUGCUGGUCCUGAGGGUUCUUCAGGGCUCUGUUUCAGGCUGAGGCCACGUUUGGAAAACUCAUGGCACGGCAGUUAUCUUAUUUUCAGAAGUUGUUUAUUCUGGAAAGAAGUGACCCUCCCAACCCCAGCCUUCCUGGGGAGCUGACAGACCCUGGGAAGAGUGCAUUAAUGAAGUCAACCAGGAGUACUUUGAAAGCAAGUCCUUUUUUCCCCCCUUCCACCUUUACAGAUCUUACUGGAGGAGUGUUUAGAAAUUUAACUUUGUGUUUGUAAAGACUUCAUUCUGUUGGGAGUUUCAAGAAGUGACAUACGUGAUGUAAGAUGUAUGUAAACCAUUGCAGUUGAGACUUUCCUAUACAUCAGUAAGUUGUCUGACAGUGGCCGAAUGUAACUUGCAGAAAAUAAUUGAAUAUAUAUUCAAGAUAAUAGCA